AUGACGGUACGAAACAAGGACCCUGUAAAUUUGGAAUCAUUGAGUAUCCGUGGAAAUAAUAUUAGAUAUUAUAUUCUGCCUGAUUCACUACCGCUUGAUACACUGUUGAUCGAUGAUACCCCAAAGGCAAAAGCGAAGAAGAAAGAAGUUCGCCUUACUACUAAAUAUUCUAGCACCGUAAAACUUUUACCACGACUCCCAAAAAUUCAAAAUCUAGUGUUGCGUUCUUUCGUUACCUCUCGUAGUGGUGACAGCUGGUCUGACCUAUUGAUACAAGUUACCAAGAACUUUGACUUGUUGACGAAUGCACGAAACUGGGAAAAGACCAAACAAGAAAAAACAAACCUGGAAAAAGAGUUGCAGGCAGAAAUAGCUUGGAACGCUCGAGCUUCUGUUCUACAGAAACGCGUAGCACUUCUUGAUCAGGAUCUUGAAAGAUAUGACAAAUUCCAGAAGAAAAUAGUUGAAAUCAAGGAAUUAGCAGAAUUAGCUCACCAAGAAAAUGAUGAAGAAUUGAUGUGUGUUGUGCAGGAGGAUGGACAAAGAUUAAAUACGGAAUUGAACAGAUUCACCUUGAGAUCUUUUAUGUCCGAAGAUGCCGAUGAAAAUGGAUGUAUUAUUCAGAUAAAUCCUGGAGCUGGUGGCGAUGAAAGCUGUGAUUGGGCUGGUAUGCUCUCUAGAAUGUAUGAACGUUGGGGAGUAAAGAAUGGGUUUCAAGUUAAGAUAAUUGAUUAUGUCAGAGGAGAAGUGACCGGAUGUAAGUCUGUUUCAAUCCAAAUUGACGGUGAAUACGCGUACGGAUGGUGUAAAAAGGAAUCAGGAAUUCAUCGUCUAGUUAGAAUCUCUCCUUUUGAUGCACAGCGUCGAAGACACACCUCUUUUGCCUCUGUCAAGGUGUUCCCUGUUGUUGAUGAGAACGAUCCGGACUCAAGUUCAGUCAAUAUUCCUUCUGGUGAUCUGAAGAUUGAUGUGUAUCGUGCUAGCGGGGCUGGAGGACAACAUGUGAAUGUAACCGAAAGUGCGGUACGAAUAACGCAUAUACCAACAGGAAUAGUCGUGCAGUGUCAAAACGAAAGAUCGCAGCAUUCCAACAAGGCCUCAGCUAUGCUGAUGCUCCGCGCGAGGUUAUUCGAACGAGCAUUAAGAGAAAAGAAUGAGAUAAAAGAAGAGCUCUAUUCUUCUCUUCCUGAGAACGCGUGGGGGUCGCAGAUUCGAUCAUAUGUAUUGCAUCCAUACCAGCUAAUUAAGGAUCUAAGAACUGGACACGAAACUUCGCAGACUGAAUCUGUUUUGGAACAGGGGCAUCUGAAUGAAUUUUUAGAAGCUAGCUUGAUUCAUUUUCAUAAAAUAUCACGUAAAGAUAUCUAG